UGUAUUGUGGACGAACCUCCUAAAAGUAACGUAGCGAAUGAUUACUGUGCAAUAGGACUUUAGCUUUGUUGUCCCUCCACAGAUUCCGUCCACGGGUAAAGGAGAUGUGAAGUUGUUCGUGUUGUGAAGCUAACUCUAGCGAAAAUAAAAUAAACACAUUCUGUUGGUGGACGUUUGGGGCACAUGGUGACAUAUUGAAUUGUGCAGAUAGCAUUUGGCAGCUCUUGCCAGAAGACGGUAUAUAAGGUUGUAGAUAGAUUGCUAGCAGACACGGACACAGGCCUAAUCAAUCCACAGUUGCAAAGGAAAGCAAGUGUUGGCUGUCGCCAGCAUGGACUCUUGGAUUCGAUUUAGUGCGCAGAGCCAAGCCAAGGAACGAGUUUUCAGGGCUGCACAGUACACCUGUACGUUGCUAGGUUACACUCUCCAGAAGGGUGGGGCAGGUGUUGAGCUCCUGAAGACAGUGAAACAACUGGAAGCUCAUGUGAGCCUAACAAGGAAGUUGAUGCGUCUAGGGAACUCGGCAGAGGCUGUGGAGGCAGCGAAACGUGCUGUCCACCUCUCGGACAGCGUGUUGCGUCUCUGUCUGACCGUGGCCCACCUCAACAAGGCCAUGUACUUCGCCUGUGACAACGUGCUUUGGGCCGGCAAGGCUGGUCUCCUGCCCCAACUGGACCAGGUCAAGUGGAGCCAGAGAUCCUUCAGGUACUACCUCUUUGCCCUCAUCCUCAACCUAACCCGGGACGCCUACGAGAUCCGCCUGCUUAUGGAGCGUGAGGCCCGCUCCUCCCAUGUGGGGUCAAAGGCUACCUGGACCUCUUCUCCUCCCUCUCCACACCCCUCUUCGCUCACCCCUGAGAGCGUCGACCUCUCCGACCCCUCCGGAGCCAUAUUACCUGUACGCCUCCGCAGACAGUGCCACCUGCUGGUGACAGUGCUGCGCAGCAACCCACCGCUGCUGCUGGACCUGCUGAAGAACGCAUGCGACGUGUUCAUCCCCCUAGACCGGCUGGGCAUCUACCCCACCGGCCAGGGCUUCGUGGGGGCCUGUGGCCUGGCCUCUUCGGUCCUCUCCAUCCUCACCAUCGUCCACCCCUGGCUCAAGCUCAAACCUUGAAGAAGCCAGAAUAUUUGGUUGAACGUUCGAGCUCGAGUCGAACAUUCUUCAAGCCUUGAAGGAGACAUUUUGGCCAAACUUUUUAGGUCCCCUAGAAGUGAAGAAGUGCUGUUGUGUCGAGGAAUGCAGCAUGACACGAGCAGGUGUCUUGUACACUGCUUGCUUGGAAAGUUUUGUGUUUUUUUUAUUUGGAAUGCCAGCUUUUUGGGCAGAUCACGCUCGGACGAAGGUUGGUGGACUGAAACAGUGGCAUUUCGAAUCAAAGAGAGAAUUUGCAAAUGAGCGCUGUAUUCGAAAUCUGUCUUAUGUAUUUCAGCUCGUGCUCAGACAUGUUCAAACACAAAGUUCCCCAAAAGCCAUUUGGUUGAGUUGUUGAAAAGGACCUUCCCCAUGCGAGUGUAUAGAACCGGCGCAUGGAAAAUUGUUGAGUCAGACUGGUAGACGUUUAAACACCUUAAAGCACCGUACAUCACAACUGAUGGGCUUUGUGAAGUGAUACCUAGCACAAAGAAUACCAGAUCGUCAUUCAAUUGUGUCUGAACACAAGCUGCGGGGAGCACAUUUUUAUCACCUUAAAUCAGCAUUUUAAAUGGAUCCUGAUCACUAGUUAGGAGACAAUUCCAUGUCCGUAUAGUGUUUCUGUCCUGUUAGCGUUAAAUUAUGUAAUUGGAAAAGAUUGUCUGUACAGUAUUGGUUUUGGAAAUGCGCCAAUGUCAUCCCCGUGGAAUGCUGUACAGCUAGAUAAGUGGAAACGUUUACCUAGUGAAAACCAUCACACAUUAAAGCCUUGUCAAUGAAAAGGUGCAGUGAAAUAUUUGCUCAUACUGUGUGUGAAUAUGUCAUAAUAAUGACUUUUGAAGUGAAGGAUCCUUUUUAUAAACGGUAAAAGGGGACAUUUAUGGGCUGCCAGUCAGCUGUAUUUUUGUGGUAAUACUGUAUGUCCGCAAUAUUACCAACAUUUAUGCAUGCGUGACGUGAAUUAGUAUGUUUACAGAGCCAGAAAAAUUAAAGCAAAUGAUUCUGUCCGUUUAACUCGUUGAAUUCACCCGACAGCUAAUUAUUUAGUCUACUUGGAAGUAAAUUUGUUUGUCUUCUUAAAAAUCCAUUUGUUUAACUCAAUUACAUAAAUAGUAUAUAUUAAGGCCAAGCCAUUUGAAGCUAUUCAACCAGAUGCGAAUGGAACUAUUAUAGAUAUAAACAGCUCUUUUUUUUUUUUUUUACCUUUGACUUUCUCCUUAAGAAAGUAUUCAUACCCCGUGUCUCACCCAUCUACAAGCAAUACCCCAUAAUGGCAAAGUGAAAACAUGUUUUUCCAUUUUUUUU